GGAAUACUAUGUUUAAUUUCGAGGUAGAGGUACAUUUUUGACCCACGUUUAUUGAUAGUUUGUUCUACAAAAUUAUUCGUAAAUACCUGUUGUCAUAAUCAUGCAAUGAAAAAUAAUUUUUGGCUAAACAUCACGAUACACAAUUUCAGCUUCAUCGAGCUUUUUAAAGACUAAUGUUUCGCAUGAAGUAAGGUUGAUAUUGUUAAUAACCCGCACAAGCUUCCCAUUUAACCAGGAAUCGAUUUUAGGAGCAUUCCCCUUGCUAAGGCGGCAAAAUUCAAAUGCAAUCGACACGUGCCCAUUUCUCAAGCCAUGCGCACAAGCGCUCAACUCAUCAGAUGUAAAGAACUGGCAUUUACUUUACAACGUACGAGUGCUGCCUUGCUGUGUCACUACAUAAUAAGUGUCGAUUAUUGUUUGUAGUUUUUCACAAAUAGUUCAUACUUCUGAGCGAGCUGUCAUGAAUUUUCAACAGUUCGGUGUUCCAAUAUCUGCUGCUCUGCCCAUAGCAACACAGUAUCAAGGUGGCAAAAUCACUCAAAAUGUAACUACUCCUAACGGUCAGGUAGUGGGUCUGCUGCAAGGUGGAGAGAAUGGUGUGCACUACCUCAGACCGUUCGAUAUUAAUUCAUUUGCCACAUCACAACCAAGUACCAGUAAUGGUCAACAGGGACAGACGUUGAUCACUCUCCCUAUUACAAUGCCAGGAGCAAAACCUGGGGAUCCUCAGCAGACUGUACAGAUUCAAGUGAUCAAUCCCCAACCCAUGAGCCCUCCAAGUCCGAAUAACCAGCAAAAAUUUCACAUGACACAAAUACCGAUUCAGACAUUCGGCCAAGGUGCUACUGUUCUGACUGUAGCGUAUAAUGGCAAUCAGGAAGGGAUUCAGAUUGUUGACGGACAGAAUGGAAUACCGGAAGGAAUGACUGUUGUCGCAGCCAUCCAACCUCAAGAUAUACAACUCAUUCAGGCGGACCCAAACGAAAAGAAAGAAGGACUCCUACCAGUAGCUCUGAUUAAAAGCGAGAUAAACAAAGAUGAUGCCAGUCCGCAGGAUGCUGGUACACAGGUUACCACUUUUCCUGCUCAAUACCUCCAAAGCACCACUGUACAGGAAUAUCUUCAAAAAAUGCAGCAGAACACUGCUCUACCACUGAGUUUGCAGCAAUUCUUGAAGUUCAACACUCCAGGUAUUAAGCAAGAACAGAUUGCUGAAGAGGGCGUUCUUGAUCAAGUUAGUAUCUCCACAGAAGUCGAUACUGACCAACAGCUGGUUUUGACAAACUCGGUUGAAUUUAUGGAACAGCAGGAGGAGAAUACCGAAGAUCCCGAUAAGAAUAAGAAAAAGAAGAAGUACAAAAAGAAGCCUGCUAAGCCAAAGAAGCCCAAGCCAGGCCAGGUACAUAUCGCAACCGCUCUUGAUGGAACGACACUGUUCUGCUGUCCAGAAUGUCACAUGGCCUAUCCCGACAAAGAACUUCUGGAGACUCAUUUGGUAGGUCACAAGAUCGAGAGGAGGUUCAUCUGCGACAUUUGCGGGGCGGGGUUGAAACGCAAGGAGCACUUGGAACGGCACAAGUUGGGUCACAAUCCGGAAAGGCCUUUCGUCUGCUCGGUCUGCAUGAAGGGGUUCAAGAGAAAAGAGCAUCUCAAUCUUCACUAUGUUAUUCAUUCCGGUGAAAAGACUGAAAUUUGUGACGAAUGCGGAAAGGGAUUCUACAGGAAGGACCAUCUGAGGAAGCACCAACGGUCUCAUAUCACCAGGAGGGCGAAAGAGCAAGCGGAGAGGCAGAACCUGCUGGCCAAAGAGGGAACCGCACAAGUCACAAUACAGAUGCCCACUCAACAGCUUCAAAUACCCGUUCAGAUUCAAGUGCCCCAACAUCAUAUCCAAAUGACGCAGCAACAGGACGAGGAGAACAGUCAAGUCAGUACUGUCGUUUUACCCGCUAGCGAAGCGUUGUCGAUUUUACCAAACUAAACAAUUUACCAAUGUAAAAAAUAAGUGAUCAUUUCGAAUGGAUUUUAAUCCGACAGUCAUGAGCGAUUGGGAGAUGAAUCUCUGGAUUCAAUGAAUCAAUUGAGACUAAAACUCCCCGUGUGAUAUGUUGUGUUCUUCGCUGGAGAAUAAUAACAAAGAGCAAUUUUAACAGUUACAGAGUUUGGAUUGGUGACCGUUGCAUAAUUCAAAACGUGUAGCUGGCUAGAUUUUCACAAAGUUCGAGGCUAGGUGAUCGGGAUGUUUAAACUCUUCGCUUCAGUUUAACAACAAUACAUAGAUAGAACACGAAAUCUUUCGAUGUUCCAUUUAUUUAUUGAUGAUAAUUUAUUUCUGGUUCCGACACUCGAAGAGUCUAUUCGACAGUUUGUAAUUCUGUAAACGUUAUUAAUUAAUAAUCAAUUGAUUCAUUUGUUUCUCAGAGGUGUAAAGAAACAUUUAUUGAGUUGUCAGCUGCACAUGACACAUGUAUAUAUUAGAUGUAUUGAUCUAUUUAUUCUAAAAAUCUAUAUUAUACACUUAUACCUGAAGAAAUCCACAAUUUGCGCCCUGCAGUCAUAACAACUCACCGAUGAAUUGGGGUUUUGAUUUAUAACUCUGUAGGGGGCAAAGUGAUUGGUGCAAAUUGAAGAAUAUCGUAAUUUUUUAAUUUUAAUCAGUGACUGAUUUGUCUUGAGGACGUCAACAUUGGAUUUUGGACCGACCUGAAGGGAUUGUAUGUGUUGGAAUUUUCUACGCCUGCGCGAUUCCUUCGAUUGAAAAUAUAGCACAUAUUUUCUCGAAAUAUAAGAUUGUUGAUAAAAAAUGUGAUAUGAUGAACAAAUAUUAAGAAAUUUUUAAGAUGAAUCAUUUUUGGCCUAAACAAAGCGUUUAUCAUAUAUAUUGGUCAGUUUGUGUGCUAAUCAGUAUUAGUUUGAAAUAAUCAGCGAAAAUUUUCAAUUCGUUUCUUCAAAAUUUCGAUUUUUUUUCCUGUACAAAUCAUAGUUUUAGUGGUUUUGGGUAAUAAUACUGAUUUUUUAAUUUUUUCGCUAUGCUUAUUGAGCGUAGCUUAUUGGAAUAUUUUUGAGAAGUUUGAUUGCCUCUUUUACACUUUUCAUUGAGUGAUAAAGUUAUAUUCAGUUCAAAUAUGUAUAGAAUCAACUUGUUGAAUCAGUUUGGUUGAAAUAUUAUUAGGUUUGUAGUUUUUAUAUAAAGAUGGCAUUCUAUAGAAUGUAAAUAAAAAUUUUUAUAGA